ACGAAGAAUUUAACUUUAUAUAAUGACUUAGGUAAAAUACCAAUUUGUAUUUUGAACCUGGUAUUUUCAAAAUGGCAGCUGAUGUGUCGAGACCAACUACUGUUUCUGUGAAUGGUUCGAAGUCAAAAGCAGGCCAUGGAGUAGACUUGACAAAAUGUCAUCUUUGCAAAAACACGUACACAGCUCCGAAGCAGCUGCCAUGCCUACAUUCCUACUGUGAGGACUGUAUUAUUAAGAAUCUUAAAUCAGCUUUAGAUACAGAUUCUACGGCACAGCUGAAAUGCCCUAUCUGCAUAGCUCCACUUCCUGACGCUCGCACAAAGGAUGUCAACAGCCUGGUCAACAAACUUCCAACAGAUCACUUUAUAUCGGCAUUAAUGGUACAGGAUGCACUGAAAACAAAGGUUUGUAAAACAUGCCAGAUAAACAAUAAAAAGACAGACGCUGCAUCAUGGUGUGCUUAUUGUGCAGAGGCCAUGUGCGAGGAGCAUGCUGUCCGCCAUAAUGCAAUGACACCACGUGAUACACACAAAGUGAACGCGAUUUCGGAAAUUGAGAAAGAUCCAUCAUUAGUAUAUCCACCAACUUUUUGCACCAAGCAAAAACAUGGACGUAAAAAAUUGGAGAAAUAUUGUAUGGAUCACAAAAAACUUUGCUGUAGUGACUGUCGUUCUUUACACCAUAGUGAGUGUCGGAUAGCAGACAUUAAACAUGCUGUAGAUGCAAUGAAGAAUACAUUCGGUGUCACGGCAGUUGACAAGAUGAAAACGGAAGUAGCCAAUAUUAUCAAGAAUAGAGAGCAAAAUAUAACAGAUCUAAACAAUCAAAAGACCCAAAAAGAGGCCGCGAUCAAGACACUGCGAGACGUAAUUAAUCAGCAUCUUGACAGCUUAGAGGUAACACUGAAAGACGAACUUAGUAAAGCACAUGCUGCAGAGAUAGAAGAUAUGAAUAACGAUAUCAAAAGUUUCAAAGACAAAGACGCCACACUCGAUCAUUAUAAAAUACUUGCCGAAGCUGUUGGCAGAUCUACCACCGAUGCACAAGCUUAUCAUCAAGUAGAAAAACUUAUUGAACAGGUCAAAAUACUAGAUGAACAUGUUUACCAUAAAAAAUCAAUGCUUUCCAAAAGUGAAGUGGAUAUAAUUCCACUCGACGUGACAGGUAAUAUCACCCAGCUUGCCGAGGUGAAAGUGAGGCAAACAAAACCUAAAAUCGAAGGCAAAGAAGAAAGAAAGGUUAGUGUCCAUACUGCUCAUAGCACAGUAAUUGAGAGAGAAAGAAGAAAUAAGUUUUUAGCCUUGAAAUUCCAAUGCAGUUUCAUUUCUGGAGGAAUAAGUUUAAAUUCCAACUUGUUCUUGGUUGACAACAGAGGAAAAGAACUUCGUUCCUAUACAGAAUACGGAAAGAGAGACACCACUUUGACAUUUUCACUUCCGGGUAAUCCUUUUGACGUAGCACUACUUCCUCAAAAGAAAAACCGCGAUGUCGUAGCUAUUACUUUUCCGAAGGACAAUCAAAUUCAACUGAUUGAAAUAGGAAACAUUUCAUUGGAAAAGCAGUUAAAACAUUUCUAUAAAACAACGGAUAAAGGAUAUGGUCUGGCAAGUACAGGAACAAAGUUAAUCGUGGCUUGUAAGUCAAAGCUAGACAUAUGGGAUAUCACCGAAGAGCAUAAACUUAUGCAUGAGAAGUCAAUAUCUACUAAGGGAGAUAAAGUAAAGUAUGUUGCCGUGGCAGACGAUAGUCGUAUCUACUACACCGACUCAUCCGAACGCGGAACUCUCAAUUGCGUCAAUAUGGACGGAGUCAAUAUUUUCCAAUACUCACAUAAACAUCUCAAACUUCCAAUGGGUGUUGCUAUCGAUUCAAAAGGUCACGUGUAUGUCUGUGGAUUUCAUUCAAACAAUGUUCACCAAGUAUCCCCCGAGGCAAACCUGUUAGAAAUAAUGACGCCCGAGGAUCCACAUUUCCGGAAGCCAAUUGCAUUAAUUCCAAAUGCUGGAAAGAUGUUCGUGUCGUAUGAAAAUAAUGCCAUCACAUUGCUAUAACAUUGCGAAGAUGUGUAAUCUCUUGUUAAAGACAAUUCAUUUUGUUUGAAAAUUUUAAUACUUUAGUUUUUAUCGUUGUUUUUAAC